AUGUUCCAGCGGGCGCAGGGCGCCGCUCCCCCCGCCGCGCCGCCGCCCGGGCGCAGGCCGCCGGGCCCACCGCGCCGCCCGUCCGCGCCCGGCUCUGCGGCGGCGAUGCAGCCCGAGGAGGCGCCGCCGCCCGCCUCCCCGCGGCGGCCCCGCCGACCCCGCGCCCGGCGGCCGCCCGAACGCUCGGCUCGGGGGGCUGAAAACACAUUAAAAAUGUUUCCCAUAAAAAUGUCUAUUUUGCGCCAGUCAGCGCGGGCGCCGGCGGCGGGCGACACGGGCGCGGGGCUCCGGCGCUCGGCUGCCGGGGUCCGGCGCGGGGCAGGGCUCGGCGCCCCGGGCUCGCUCCGUGCGCAGUUCCCCCCCGUCCCCCCUCAUCCGCCUUUGUGUGGAUCCCGACCCACCGCUCCCGGCCGCCGGAUCCCACCGCCGCGCGAGCCGGGCGCUGCCGGAGGCGCCCUUCCCGCCGCGGCGCUGCCCGCACUCACCCUCGGCGAGCACACAGUCACCCCGUGCCCGGCCGGCUCGCACUUGCCCCGGCGCUGUCUCUAUGGAGCUCAAUGCACUGCAAUGGCUCCAGAGCGCCUCCUAUUGGCUACCGCCAACUCACGGGGCCCGGCCAUUGGUCCGCUCCCUCCCAUUGUCCUGACCAGAGCCCGUCGGCUAUUGGCUGUCUCCGGGGACACGUCAUCAAGGAUUGAAACAGCGCGCAAAUCUGAAUGUGUGUGGAUGCCGGGCAAGGAGGCUGAGGCGGGAGAGGCAGAGGCAGAGGCAGCUGCUGCUACGGGAAAGCGAGCUCUAUGGAGUGUGUGCAUGUGUCUAACCCCAGCCGGCUCCACGCCGGAGCGGCCGCCGGAGCGGCCCGGGCCUGACUUCUCCACGAGACUCUCCAACUCCUCGGGCAAAACAGACACCCACAGGCCUCCCCCCGCCCUCCCUACCCCAAACUCGCUGGCAGAGCCAUUGAGAUAA